AUGAGCCUCCUGUCCAGUCGCCCGGCCCGUGUCCCGGGUCCUUUGGGCUCCUUGUGCGCCCUGCUCGCGCUGCUGCUGCUGCUGCCGCCGCCAGGGCCCCUCAGCCCAGCUGGUCCUGUCGCUGCUGCGUUGAGAGAGCUGCGUUGCAGUUGUUUACAGACCACGCAGGGAGUUCAACCCCAAAUGAUCAGUAAUCUGCAGGUGUUCGCCAUAGGCCCGCAGUGCUCUGAGGUGGAAGUGGUAGCCUCCCUGAAGAACGGGACGGAAGUUUGUCUCGAUCCACAAGCCCGUUUUCUAAAGAAAGUCAUCCAGAAAAUUUUGGACGGUGAAAACAAGGACAACUGAUGAAGAGAAAUGAGUAGGCGUGGAAGCGUUUCCCAGUCUUCAGCAGAGCAGUUUUCUGCAGGUCUCUGGACCCAGUGAAGACAAGAAGGAAGGAUUUUGUUGUUGUUUGUUGUUUAUUUGUUUUUCCAGUAGUUAGCUUUCUUCUUGGAUUCCUCACUUUGAAGAGUGUGAGGAAAACCUAUGUUUGCCCCUUAAGCUUUCAGCUCAGCUAAUGAAGUGUUUAGCAUAGUACCUCUGCUAUUUGCUGUUAUUUUAUCUGCUAUGCUAUUGAAGUUUUUGGCAAUUGACUAUACUGUGAGCCAAGAAUCACUAGUUGUUAAUCUUUCAAAGUGUCUUGAAUUGAAGGUGACUAUUGUAUCUCCAAGAAAUAUUCCUUAAUGUAUUAACUGAGAAGGCAGUGGAUUUAAUAUGGAAAUGAUGUUUCAUAAGAAUUCUGUCAAUGGAGAUACACUGCUAUCUUCACCUUUUUAAGAAAUAGGAAAUAUUUUAACGUUUCUUGGGGAAUAUGUCAGAGAAUUUCCUUACUCUUGAUCGUGGGAUACUAUUUAAUUAUUUUGUUUUAGAAAGCUGAGUGUAUCGCACCUUAUCUAUGUAGAAUAUAUUUCCUUAUUCAGAAUUUUUAAA